AUGGCAACACCCACACCACACCACCUCACCCAUUCCCAUGCCUCCCUACUGUGCUAUUCUCUCCCUUCCCCUUCCUCCUCUCCUCACCAUCAGGUGCGCAAUGCAGCAGUGUGCGGUGCUAUUGCAGCAAUCAUCUACUCAGACCCAGCAGACUAUGGCAGCACCGCUCUCUACCCCUCUGGCCCGGGCCUACCCCCCUCUGGCGCCCAGGUGAGCUUUCUGCUGUCCCUUCUCUCUCCAGGUUAUGUAUGUAGAGACACAAUCCACAUGUCCUUGGGGCGAUAUGCUCAUGUAGCUUCCCCCUCCCCCUCCCCCUCCUUCUCGCGCCUCCCACACAUCCCCUCCCUCCCAUCCUCCCACCCCUCCCCCGCACCCCCCUCUUCCGCCUUUCUCCUCCCAAAACAGCGCGGUUCAAUCUACGAGUCUCUCGGCGACCCACAGACGCCAGGCUGGCCCGCGGCUCAAUCUACGAGUCUCUCGGCGACCCACAGACGCCAGGCUGGCCGUCCCGCCCGGGCGGCGAGCGCUUGUCCUUAUCCGAGACAACCGGCAGCAGUGAGGUGCAUUUUGAGGCGCCUCAAAAUGCACCUCACGGCGAGCGGUUGUCCUUGUCCGAGGCGGCGGGCAGCCUGCCGCCCAUCCCCGCCGUGCCCCCCUUCCCCGCCCUGCCGCCCAUCCCCGCCCUGCCCCCCUUCCCCGCCCUGCCGCCCAUCCCCGCCCUGCCCCCCUUCCCCCCUCCUCCUUUCCCCUCCCCCAAACCAGCGCGGCUCAAUCUACGAGUCGUUGGGCGAUCCGCAAACGCCAGGCUGGCCCUCCCGCCCGGGCGGCGAGCGCUUGUCCUUAUCCGAGGCGGCCGGCAGCCUGCCGCCCAUCCCCGCCCUGCCAUCCAUCCCCGCCGUGCCGCUGUCGUACGGGCAGGCGAAUUUUGUCCUGGAGCAGCUUGGGGGUGCUGCUGCUCCGGAGGAGUGGAUUGGGGAUAUUGAGGGGUUGGAGUAUCAUGUCGGCCCUGGGCCUGUGGUGGUUGAGAUGGAAAUAGAGGUGAGCGAGAGGAGGAGGGGAGGGGGGGGGAGAGAGAUACGGGGAGUGCUACUGCUUGGGGGUGCUGCUGCUCCUGAGGAGUGGAUUGGUGAUAUUGAAGGGCUGGAGUAUCACGUUGGGCCGGGUCCUGUGGUGGUGGAGAUGGAAAUAGAGCUGCUUGCCGGUGCUGCUGCUCCGGAGGAGUGGAUUGGGGAUAUCGAAGGGCUGGAGUAUCAUAUUGGACCAGGGCCUGUGGUGGUUGAAAUGGAAAUAGAGGUGAGGAAUGAUAUGAUUCUCCUGGUCCAGGUUGCUGGGGUGGAGGGAGGUAGAGGGAUAAGGGGGGUACUACUGCUGCUUGGGGGUGCUGCUGCUCCGGAGGAAUGGAUUGGGGAUAUCGAAGGUUUGGAAUGUCAUAUCGGACCCGGUCCCGUGGUGGUUGAGAUGGAAAUAGAGGUGAGGAUGUGGUGUGGAGGGGGGAGGGAGAGGGGUGAGGAUGAGGGACGGGCAGAGGCGAAUUUCAUCCUGGAGCAGCUUGGGGGUGCUGCUGCUCUGGAGGAGUGGAUUGGGGAUAUCGAGGGGUUGGAGUACCAUAUCGGCCCUGGUCCUGUGGUGGUGGAGAUGGAAAUAGAGGUGAGAUGUUUGGAAGAGAGUGUGGGACGGAUAGGGAAGGGCAAUACUGAUAGUGAAGGACGGUAG